AUGAAUAAUCAUAAAUUAGGAAUAAAUGAAGCUGAGAAUAAGCUCUUACUUGAAGGUUUUGAAUUUUCUCUAUAAGAAUUAGUAUAAAAAAUAAUGGAUUAUAAAGAUAGAUCAAACGUUAAUUUAUUUACAAAAAUGAAUUCUGAUUAUAUCAUAAGUGUAAUGGGUAAAGAUUACUUGCAAGAGUUAGAAAAAAAAUUUGUUGAUUCAGGUCAUAAAACUAUGGAUAUAUUAUAAUUUAUUUAUACUUUCUUAAGUUUGAUUCCUCACAAUGAAGAGGAAACAAUUUUUCUUACUUUAGGAUUAAUAGAGCUUUUUAAAAGUAUUUGCGAGAAUUUAAAUAUGGCUCAAGAAGUAAAAUUUUCAGAUAUAACUACUUCGAUAUGUGAUAGAGUAGCCAUUCAGUUCGAAGAUGAAUAUAAAAUAAAAACAAGAAAAUAUCCUCCAGAAAGAAGAUUUACAGAGCUCGUUGAGGGAAAUCACGAUAAAGCAAAAAAAAUAGAUUUUAGACCUCCUUUAGUUUAUGAAAAUAAUCUACAUAAUUCACUAAAAAGACUUCAUAAAGGCAAGUUUAAGACUGAUUCUACUUUCCACAAUAAGCAGUCUAUAAAUCAUGGUGUUUUUGCAAAGGAGAUUAAGAAAGUAAUAACACUAGAUUCUCUUGAUGAUAAAAUAGCAAUUUAUGAUCUAAAUUGUAACUUAGUUAAGCAUAUAAACUUAAAAAAUAAGGAAGAUGACUCAAAGUUAGAUAUAAUCAUAUUUGGUCUUGCUUGGUCAGAGAGAUAACAAAGAAUUGGUGCUGUGUUAAAGAAUUUUACUAUUAGCUUUUGGGAUGCAAUUGAUGACUUUGAAUUCGAAAAGAACUUUUCAGUACAUGGAUAUACCUAAGAUUAUUAAAAUAAUAUAUGGUAUUUAGAAAAGCAUGAUAUGUGGAUUACAACAGACUCUAAAAAUAUGCUUUAUUGCUGGGAUAUUGGAGAGGAGAGAACUAAUUUUUAGCUUUCUACUUCUUUGAUUUAAGGAGCAAUUUUCUAGGUUCUUGAAUUGCCUUAAAUUGGAUAUUGUGCUGUUGGUUCGAUAGAUAAAUAAGUUACAAUAUGGGAUUUUUAUAAAUAAUUAUUGCUUUUUCAAAUUGAUGUCGGAUAGGUAGGAGUGCAUUCGAUUGCUUUUUCUAACUCGUUUUAAGUUUUGCUUACUGCUGGCUACGAGAAUAAUAUUUAACUUUAUACAAUAGAUGAUGAAUAUCUUGAUUCCACACUUAUAGGUAAAUUGAGGGGACACAACUCAAUGAUAAGUUGCAUUUAAGUGAUUGAAAGUACACCUAUGGUGAUAUCUGCAGAUGAUUUGGGUGUUGUUAGAUUGUGGGAUAUUAGAAAUUAAUCUUGCAUUCAGUCUUAUGAGUGCAGUAAUAGUUUUGCUUUAUCAAAUAAUACAACUAAAAAAAUGAAUAUUUAGCUGAUUUUAGAUAUGUAUUCAGAGGGCAUGGUUGCCUUAAUUGGAAGCAGGAUAAAUAUAGUCAAUUUCGAUGAAAAAGAAGAAAUCAUAAAAUCCUUUAAUUAAGUUGAGAAUCUUUUUGCUUUUAAAGUUGAAAACAAUACAAUUAGAGACGAAUUGAUUGUUUGCACUAGAAAAAACAUUUAAUUUUAUGAUAUGAAUAAUGGAAUUUGUAAGUUUACAAUAAAUGGUUUGAUGGAUAACUCUUAAGAUGAAAUCACUGUUUUUAAAUAAGUGUUUCAAGGAUAGAAGUUUUUAUUAGGCAAUUAAAAAGGAUAACUAAGUUUGCAUAGCUAUUAGCAAAAUGGAGAAAGAAUAAAAUUUUUGAAUAAUCACACAAACGAAGUAACAUAACUUAAAAUAGAUUAUGUAAACAAAUUACUUAUAUCAGGUGGAUGGGAUUCAACCAUAAAAAUCCAAUAGCUAAGUGAAGAAACUGUUGAGUUGAAAAGAAAAAUAGAAAAUGUUCACAAUGAAAAAGGAAUCAGUUUACUUGAAGUUUCUGUUUAUCAUAAUGUAAUAUUUUCAGCUACUUAAAAUUUGGAAUAGAUAUGUAUAUACGACUAUGAAUAUGGGAGAUUGCUUAACUAUAUAGAAUUUAAAAAGAAAACUGAACCUACUGCUCUGAGUGUUAUUUAAGGAUACCCUAUAUUGAUUGUUGCUACAAGUGAAAAUAAAAUAUAUUUCAUACAUUUUCAAAAAAAAGAAAAUAAAGUUAAAUUUGAUUUGCUUGGAGUCAUAAACAUUGAGGUUUCUGAAUACAUAUUUGAUCAGAUUGACAAGAAUUUAAAUAUAAAUGAAAACGAUUUGUUCAUUACCAAAUAGGCUGAUGAUGAAAAUCAAUUCUUAAAUCCAACUUCAUUCCAAAUUAAAAAUGAGUAAUCUUAUCACAAUACUUCCAAAAGGUUAAAUUAAUCAAUAGCUUAGGUUAAUAAUAACACUGUAUUAACUGAUAUAUUUAAUCCAAAUGAAACAUAACAAAGAGUGAGUCUUUAACUUGAUCAAAUCAAUAGCAUAGAGCAUCCUUCUAGUGGUGAGGCGUCUACGAGAACAUAAAAUGCCGAUAAUAAAAAUUAUAAAAAAAUUGUUAAAAACGAAACAUUAGAGAAAGAGUAAUAAGUUUCAAUAACAAAAAUUCUGCCAGAUUUUUAAUUCAAUGAGUAAAACGAAUUAGUUGUUGCUAAAAUAUAUUGUGCAAAUACUAAGGGACAUUUGAUAGCAUUUGAUUUAGAAAAAAUGUUUAAGUAUUAUGAUAAUUUACAGUAUUAGCCUCAUUCUAAUACCAGAAUGAAUUACAAUCCUCACAGAAAUAGCAACGAAGAUUUCAAAGCAUCUUACAAAAGGUUAAGUAAUCCACCUAAUAGAUUCUCUGAACAGACAUAGUUAACAGAUUAAUUUUAAAAAACCUAGAAAAUUUUAAGCAGUGAUCAGCAUAUUUCAUAUUUUAUUAAUAGAUUUAUUUUUAAGAAUAUUUAAGCCCACAAAGAUGUUAUAACUUCAAUAGCUUUUUUAAAUGGUGAUAAAAAUGCUAUAAUGACUUCAGGUUAAGAUUAUUAUGUAAAGGUUUGGGAAACUUAAACUUUAAAUUAGCUUUGCUCUCUGAAUAUCAAUCAUCCUCUUCCAAUUUAAUGGGAUUACAAAUGUGAUCACAACAAAAAAUCUUAGAAAAAAGUUUUGUUUGCGCUAAGAAUUAUUGAUCUACUAAACAAAAAAUAUAGCUCUGAUUUAUCUCGAAAAGAGCAGAACUAAACGAAAAUACUCAAUUUUCUAAAGAAGCUCAUGGGUAUUUAAGGUAGAAAGAGGAGAAUGACUAACAUGUUUGACUAAAAUAAUUAAGAAAAAGAUGGAGUAACGAUAGAAUAAGAAUAUGAAUUAGAAAAGUAAUAAGAUGAAAAGAAAAUGCUUUUGUCUGAAUACUAUAGCCCAAAAGAUAUAAAAUAUGAAGAAAUUAAGAAUUUUUACAAAAGUGAGUUACUUGGACCUUCUUUGAAGCGUUUAGAAAUAAAUAAAAGAGUAGCGAUAGCAUAACAAAUUUGGAAGAAGCCUAAGCUGACAAAAGAGGAAGAAGAAAGGGAAAAAAUAAAAAAAGUACUUGAUUUUCACGUUAAAAGCGAUGAGAGAGAAACAAUAGCUAAUUUUUUAGAUCCUAACUUCAGAUCUUAAGUUAUAAAGCAAGGCUUUCAUUUUGAAGAAGACUAUUCCCGAUUUACUUAAAACCUCCAAAAUAAAAUAGAAUUUUACGAAUAUAAUGCUAUAAAGAAAGCAAAUAAACAGUUGAAAACUUAGAAUUCAGGAGUCAGUGUGUAGCUCUAAAGCAGUGCAAAACUUCAAGUCCCUUAAAGCGGUAAAAGAUAAAAUACUUAGAGUUCUUAAUAAAAUCAAAUGAACCACACUUCGCGACCAUCACUUCUAACAGAAAAUUCUAAUGCUGAACAAAAAAUACCAUCAGUACUUAAUUUAAAUACUCAAAAAAGAAUGAGUUUUUUAUACAAAAAUAGCCAGACUCAGGCAUAGCUGUAAAUGAAGUAUGAUGCUAACAAAAGAAAGCAAUCAUUAAUGCUUCAAACAGAAAAUCAAUAAAAAACAUAAAUUUAAAAUAAUAAUAAUAAUAAUCCAAGUAAUAGUAUAAAUAAUAUUAAUAACUAGCCUAAUAAAUUUGGGUAAAAUGUGGUUGUACAAGCAUUGUCACCUAUUGUGAAAGAACCCACUAACUUCGACAAUAUUUUGCAUAAAUAUACAAAUUCUCCAUAAGUUGUUUAAAAGAAAAAUAUCUUUAUUUUUCCAGAAGAUUAGGAAACGAAAAUAAGAGUUGAUGCUUUUCCUUAAACAGUAGCUAAAUUUCAGCACGCUUUUAAUUCAAGUGGAAGCGAAGAUUAUGAUCAAAAUUUAUUAGGAGCAUAAACUGCAUAUCCCCACAAUAAUAAGAGUUCAUUUGGGCAGAAUUCAGACUUGAAAAAUAAAAAAAGUUAAGAUUUUUAUAAAUAUGCAUAGGAAAAAUAACUAAUUGGAAAUAGUAAUUUAAGCACUCAAGGAUAAUCAAUAAAUUCUAACGGAAGUGCUUCUUAAAUUGUUUCAGCUUCAACUAAUAAAUUGCAUUAAAUACUAAAUGGAAUUAAUUCAAAGCUUAUGAAGUCUAAAAAAAUAGGAAACUAAAAUAAUUAUAGUUACGUUCUCUGUACAACAAAUAACGAUAGACCUUAAAAUACAAAAUCGUCAUUAGACUAUGAAAUGAUAAAAAAGACUGAGGAAAAUCCUUUUUCUUAGUAGUCAUCACAAAGAAGUUUAGCUAAAAAAAAUAAUAUAAUUAACAAUCUUUUUACAAAAGCAAAUUUAGGAAAUAAUGUUUCAACUUCGUUAAAUGAGCUAAAGAGUUUUAAUUUCCAGGGGUCUUUCCACAUCGAUAAACCAUCAACCCAUAAAAAAUAAUAAAAUAACAAUACUCUAUACCCAAGUUAACCAAAUUAAGGAAUAUCUGAAAAUUAUAGCAGCUUUUAGUUUAACAAGCUGAAUAAAAGCAGAUAAAGUUUACCUUCAAUAGUCCCAAAAAAGUGA